UGACACUUGAGUCUUCCCUUACCAUAGAGUGGUCAUAAUAGUUUAGGUCCAACUGUUCGAACAAUACAGACGUUUUCGCGAGAAGGCAGAUUUUCGGAACGCGUGAAUCGACUAAUGGAUUUCUUAAACGAAGCAGGGAGGAGGGACCUACCUUUUGCAACUGUUUUGGACUAAUUACACCCUGAACACAGACUAAAUGAGACAGCCGAACUUCCCCCCCAGGCGAGGAAACGGAAUCCAUGGACCAGGAAGGAAGGAAUGACACUAAAACGUUGUUUAGCUUGCUUCACCGACAUAACAAACACAAAUGUCACAUUUGUGGUGAAUUGUGCUAGUUAGAUUAACAUGUAGUCGAUGGAAGUUAUUUCAACCUAGCAUGCGUCUUUAUGCGUUAACUUACUAGCGAACUAAUACAUCAUUGACACAUCACAAGCUAACUAGGCUAACGCGUUAGUCAGCUUUGAAAGGCUGGAAAGUCAACACCAUAUGGGGGAUUUUGCGGUAUUUACUCAUUUGGCUCGCUCAGAGAUCAUGUUAAGUAUUUGUUUGUGUUAAUAACCAGAUAAAGUAACUAGCUAGUUAACGGUAGUAGCUAGUUACAGUAGCUAACUAACUUUUUUUUUUUUAAGUCGAUUAGUCCUGACAGGCUAUUUGCUAGCGGCUAACACUAGCUAACUAACGCUAGCCUAGCUACGUGUUCCAUGCCAUGGCAAUGGUUUUGUUUGUUUGGAAACUUUCGUCUGGUUUCAUACUGUUGGUUGUGACCGUGCCAACGAAAUAACGUUAGCUUUGGUUAUUUUUGAGCUAUCAUGGCUAAAAUAGAGAAUGGUCGCAAGUCGGCCGACUCUAGAAGUAUCAGGACAAUUAGCAGCAGUCAUAUGGACGACGAGAGCUCCCUUGGCUCAGACUCCGAGAUCAAUGGCUUCACCAACGACAGGCAUACGGAUAAAUAUGGAUUUAUUGGAGGGGCGCAACAGUAUUCAGAAGAAUCGGCUCAGGACGUCCCUCCAGAGGUUUUGAGACAGCGAGAGGUCAAGUGGCUGGACAUGCUCAGCAACUGGGACAAAUGGAUGGUCAAGAGACACAAAAAGGUGAGACUGCGGUGUCAGAAAGGGAUUCCUCCCUCACUGCGAGGCCGUGCUUGGCUUUACCUGUCAGGGGGAAAAGUGAAGAGGGAACAGAACCGAGGGAAGUUCGAGGAGCUGGACAGUCAGGCUGGAGACCCGAAGGAGCUGGAUGUGAUUGAGAAAGACCUGCACAGACAGUUCCCCUUCCAUGAGAUGUUUGUGUCACGGGGGGGCCACGGGCAACAGGACCUGUUCCGUGUUCUGAAGGCCUACACACUGUACAGGCCAGAGGAGGGCUACUGUCAAGCCCAGGCCCCCAUUGCUGCUGUGCUGCUCAUGCACAUGCCUGCUGAGGAUGCGUUCUGGGGGCUGGUCCAAAUUUGUGAGAAGUACCUUCCUGGAUACUACAGUGCUGGGCUGGAGGCCAUUCAGUUAGAUGGAGAAAUCCUGUAUGCCUUGACUCGGCGCGUCUCCCCUUUAGUCUACCGUCACCUGGAGAAACACAAGAUGGAGCCCAUCCUCUACAUGACAGAGUGGUUCAUGUGUGCCUUCUCCCGCACCCUGCCCUGGGCCUCUGUGCUCCGCGUCUGGGACAUGUUCCUCUGUGACGGUGUGAAGAUCAUCUUCCGGGUGGGCCUGGUGCUGCUGAAAUGCAUGCUGGGUACCCGUGAGAAGCUGAAGGCGUGUCAGGGCCAGUAUGAGACCAUGGAGCUGCUGAGGGCCAUAGAGCCACGCUACAUGCAGGAGGGCUUCCUAGUCAGGGAGGUUCUGGAGGUGCCUGUGUCAGAGCGGGACGUUGAAAGGGAGCACCAUGUUCAGCUGAAGCGCUGGAGGAAGAACCGUGGUGAGCUUCACUGCAAGUCCCCUCCCAGAAUGCACGGUGCUAGGGCUAUUAUGGCUUCGGAGCCUCCCAGUCGCCAGGACCUGCGUCAGAACCCCACCAUAAUCGUAGAGUCGCCCCUGCCUCCCCCUCAGCCUACACCUCGGCUGAAGAAGGGAGAGAAGAGCAAGGAGGAGAAGAGCAAGAAGAAAGGAAGUAUGAAGAAAGCCCCUACUGUCAUGGAGAUCCCCAACCCUUAUCCUUUAGCCGGUGACCCCCAGAGAGAUCCCCAGCUUCCACUGAGAGAUCCCCAGCUUCCACUGAGAGAUCCCCAGCUUCCACUGAGAGAUCCCCAGCUUCCACUGAGAGAUCCUAUGCCUACUCUCAGAAACGCAACAGUACAGCAGCCCCUCGUCAAUGACACACUCCUCCCAAACACACCUGAAGACUCUCCACCGCCACACCAACCAACGCUUAACGACCAGUCUCUUCUAACAGUGUCACCCCUCCAGAAGUCCACACAGAGCCUGAGUAGCAUAGAGGCAGAUCAGGACACAUACCUGUAGCUCUUGCUUUGGGCAGAGGGUGGAACAGCAUGUCUGAAACUGGGCACGAUGGGUACAAGGUGGAGGAGUGAAUAGUAAAAGAGAAACUGGAACAAUCCCUGUGUUAUCCUGGACAUGACUCACUUCCACAAUGAGUCUAAAUCUGAUGUCACCCAGACACAAAAAGCCUUGCUCUGCCCCAGGCCAGGCAUAUGUGCCCCCUGACCUCUUGUGGGAGAUUCCAGGAUGGCUCUACGGAGGAUGUUCCAGUUGUCAUUGGGACGAUCUCAAUGGCAUACUACUUGCGUCCUCUUUCCUCGUCUCCUUCUCAAAAGCCAUAGGAUGAGAAAGCCAGAGGUCUCUCCCCUCUGACUUUCUCCUCCAGUGGGUUUUGAGAAGGAGAUGAGGACACAAGGAUUAUGACAUUGAGAUCUUCCCAUUCACUCGCUCACUUUAGGCCCUCUGCAUGCCAACCAAGCCCUCUGUCUGUUUACCAGGCAUUAGCACAGCUCCGCCAUCAACCUGCAACUGGGUGUAUCAUGGCCAAUGGCACUGCUGCCCAACCAUGUGCCACAAUUGUAUAUUUUUCUAUAGAUGUUUUUUUCUUCCCUGCUUGCUUUUAAGACACCGUGUUGCCUGGACCACACAGUCAGCAGCAUUCACUAAUGCGUCACUUCUAAGUGUUCUACUUUAAUCCAUAUGUUACCUCUUCAUUAUUCUUUACUCUGACUAUUAGUGAUGUGAAAGGGAGACAUGUUACUCAUUUACUGGUAGUGUAAUUAUUGUAUACAUGAUGCAUUCCUUUUUAAACAUGUCAAAGACCACCCAAUAGUGUACCAGGUUCUAGGGUUUUACUCAACCUGCCUUUGUUUGGGCAAAAUGCGUGUUUAAAAAAAAAUAUAUAUUAAUUCAAAUCUCCAAAUCACCUGUGGUGUGUAAGAAAUAGGAAUGCUUAAGAAAGAGAGAAAUAUUGUUUAUAGUCCCAGUUAGCCUUGGUGAUAAGCAAAUAGCGCUUCCAUUCUUCAACACCAGAGAGCAGCCUUGGUAUGUGCUUCCAUCUGUUACAUUCCCCUUCCUAAAAAGGAACGCACAACAAUCUUGUCUCAAAUUUACAAUACGAGGACAUACACUCCCUAUCAAUUCCGUACUUUCCAUACUUUCAAAGGAACUUCGUUAGCAUGUUUUACUUUCCAGUGAAACAUGACAUGUGCCUCGUACGUGUGCAUAAAUCCUCCGGACCAGCGCGACUUGU